UUUCGUAAUCUCGAGAAGUAAGACCCCUGUUAGUUUUCGUAAUUACGAAAACUAAGACCCCCACUAAAGCAUUCUGUAAAACGUCUACAAAAUAAGCCACACAUGUACGCAUUGAGGACCUAUAUUUUUCACCGCCAUAGAAAAGGUCACUCACGCAAAUCCGCUAACUACGAUACCAUUGUCCAACCAGAGUUUUUCAUGCUGCGAGUUAGAGCUAUCCGAUUCGGUGCGUCAAUCAAUAAUGAGUAUUCAGGGGCUGGGUAAACAAUUUAAGGUAUGAAAGUGGCCCACAUCUAAGUUCAAUCGUUUCGCACAACACUACAUUCAUCGAAAGUAAUAACAGACAAAAGGACAAACAGGCAGGAUUAGCUUGCAUGCUUCAUCCCGUGAAAGGAGCUCCUGCAAAAUUGUUAUUUCAGUCAUACUUUGGUUUCUAAUCGCAGUGAAUUUGCCGCCAGCCGAAAGUCCUGCGGUGAAGGAAUUGCAUUCCGCUCUCCAAAUAUGAGCUGAGAAUUCAUAUUUCCAUUCAUCGGUUAACAAUAACCAGUUUCCCCGAGCGUGGAAGACUUGUACAGGUUUAAUAAAGCAAAAUCUCUUCCUCAAGAGGAUAAGUCCAUUAUCCUUUGCACGCCCCACCGCUGUUUUGAUAACGUCACUCAAGAUUAAAUAAUCAACCGAAAACUGCCUCCAGCAGGCGUCCCGCACGUUAGUCUGUUCAACGGAAUUAACUUCGGUGUUUAUAAAACCCAUUUACGAAGGGUAUCCCGAGUUCUUUGUGCACAUGAAUGACGAACACAAGCUUCCUGAAAAAUGUCUAAACAACUGCACACUGGAUUAUUGAUUGAAAAGCUGAGAUGAAGAAUUCUCAAGAUAGAAAAGAGCGAGAUGUACAAUCUACGCAAGUGUCUGAACAUUUGUUGAUAGUGACACAGCCACGGACUGGGAUGAACACAAAAAGCUUAACGAAACGUGAAAAGUUCCUGGUUGGCGUAAUAGUCUUACUUCUUUCCUUGUUUGUUAUUAUGGCAAUGGUCUUGGGGUUUCUGUACGCAAAGAAAGCUCACACAGACUCACAGAGUAAAAAGAAAAGCACUACAUCCUACCCAUGCGUAACAAGAGAUUGCGUUUUUACUUCUUCAGACCUAUUUAAUUUCUUAGAUCCCAACGUCGAUCCUUGUGAGGACUUUUACAUGUACGCAUGUGGAGGAUGGAUAAAGAAAAACCCGCUUCCUGAUCAGAAGGAAGAAUGGAAUCAAUUUACCAAAUUGGAGGAGGAAAGUAGUCAGUUUGUCAGAGCCAUCCUGCAUAGUAAAGAGACGCAAGCUGAAUAUUCUAGGCUUUCGUCCUUCAUGAAAGGGAUAGCUUACUUUAAGUCGUGUUUGGAUACAAAGGAACAGAACAGAAGAGGAACCAAGCCGUUGGAUGAUUUGAUAAAGGAAUAUGGAUCUUGGACUUUGACUACAGACGACUGGAAGGAAGAAUCAUGGGACAUGAUAAAAUAUCUUGCGUUAAUGAGAAGAAAACUGUCCUUAGGACCCCUGUUUACUGUGUUUGUAGGCGCUGAUCCACGGAAGAGUAGCGUCAAUAUCAUCCAAAUAAGACCGUUAGCCCUUUUGGGUAUCUCACAACACCGUUUAACUUCUAAUACCACCUAUGGAAUUAAGGGGCGAAAGAUUUAUCAGGAAUUUACUUUGAAUUUAACAAAAGCACUUGGAGCAAAAAAUGACUCCCUCCCAGAAAUCUUGAAUAUCAUCGAUUUUGAGAUCAAACUCGCUCAGAUCAUGCCAAGUGCCUCACAAGCGUAUGAUGACGAAAAUAUGUAUAGGAAACUGACAGUUAAAGAGCUGGACCAAUAUGCUGGAAGCAACUGGAUGAAGUGGAAAGUAUUCUUUGAGCAGCUUUUGUUGCCUGUGACUGGCAAACAUGUCACUGAAGAAGAACAUGUUGUGGUUUAUGGAGUAGACUACUUAAAAAACAUCACCAACCUCCUUGAUGGAACACCAAACAGAACCAUUGCUAACUACAUGGUGUGGCGAUUGGUAGACUCCGUAUAUUUACGCCUGGGAGACGAAUUUGAAGAGAUUUUGGAGAACUUUUUUAUAACUUUAGAGGGCUACUGGAUACCAAUCUCGCGAGAUGAGUUGUGCGUUCAACUGAUGAGAGAAAAAUACUUUGCUGCACCACUCUCCAGAAUAUAUGUGGACAGUCUCUUCAAUGGGAACAGCAAGAAAGUUGCAAAAGAACUGGUGGAUGAUAUCAGGGAAGCGUUCGAACAGAACAUAUUGGAACUUGAUUGGAUGGAUGAAAAAACAAAAUCUCUCGCCAUACAGAAGGCGAAAAUGAUGGCAGAGAACAUUGGCUUUCCAGAUUACAUUGUGGAUGACAAGCUUUUAGAUGAGGAGUACAAGAAUGUCAACUGCAAUCAAUCAACCUACUUCGAGAAUGAGUUAUCAUUGGACCAGGCCAUAACUGAAAGAGAUCUCGCUUACUUUGGAAAACUCGUCGACGAGACUAGAUGGGCUCUAUCACCAAUAUCUAUAAACGCCUACUACGAUAUGUUGGCUAACAAAAUGGUGUUUCCAGCAGCUAUCCUCCAAUCUCCAUUUUACAAUAAGAGGUAUCCGAGGGCAGUGUUGUACGGAGGGGUUGGCGGCAUAAUGGGACACGAACUAACUCACGGAUAUGACGUAGACGGGAGACGAUUUGAUAUGAAAGGAGAUGAACGGAACUGGUGGAGUGAGGAAACCCUUAAAGCGUUCAACAGAAAAACCGAGUGUUUGAAGGAUCAAUACUCUAAUUUUACAUUUCAUGGAGGCACAGUAGGUUUAACUGAUUUCCUUAUUUUAUCUCGUGCCGCGGUUUACCUAGCCUGCGUUGCAGCCGGACGUGUCACACAAUCCCCUUUUUGCCGAAAAAGGGCCGCUAAGUUUGCGAAGCGAGCANUUCAGAGUGUCCUUGCAGCGUUCCUCUCGACCUCCCUUGAAGCGCUUGGCCUACAGUAG